GUCAAAAUCAGUCGCAGUGACACAAAAUCUAUAAAUAAUUGCCAAAUGAGGAAAACAACAAUUGCAGCAAGCAUCACGCUGAAGGAGAAAAAGACGACCGAACAAGAAAAGAAGAGAAAAAAUCCGCGAAAUAUUUCUGUCAACAAUCAAAAAUAGAUUGAAUUUAUGUCCAAAAAGACCGUGGCCAAUAAAACGACUAGUGAUUUUGACGUUGAAAACAUUUCAGCGCUCGUAUUUUUCCCAUUGAUCCGAUGAAAUGAAUGGAAUAUUGCGAUUUGCACGACCGUCAAAUGUGUGCUAUAGAAAAUUGACCAACGCAUCGUUUGUUGUGGCAACAAAGUGAUUUCAUGCAGUUUAGUUUUGUAAAGUGAUUUCGUUUAUUAUUUUAUCGAUAAAAUUAUCAUAAUUUUCAUCUUGCUACGGUUCAAAAGUGUUAAGAUUGAUACCAAAAAAAAAAAAAAAAAUAACAAAAACAAAACGCAAAAAUAGUUUGUACCAAAUGAUUUUCGGAAAUGAAUGAGGCGAUCACGUCACCGCCACCACCGCCAUCAAUACAACAAUUGCAUCAUCAGGAAUUAGUAUUAAAUCAUAGCCAAAGUUUGAAUUUAAGUGAAACAUUUUUUAAAGUGUACAAUCAGGCCGUGUGCCAUUCAUUUGAAGCGCUGGAGCAUAUACUGUUUUGCAUUGGCAUCUACACAGUUUUUUGCCUCGCUGUGUAUUUGUUGAUAUUUCGAAAAUGGGCGGCACAAUGGAAUCGAAAUGCCACCAAUUUACGAUUUCCACAAUGCAAACGGGUGCUCUUUGUCAUCGCACAUCCGGAUGAUGAAUCCAUGUUCUUCGGACCCACAAUUCUGUCACUCACCAAACGCAACGACUGCCAAGUCUAUCUGCUCUGUUUGUCCCAUGGAAAUCAUGGAAAACUGGGACAUCAGCGUCAACGUGAACUGUGGAAUGCAUGUAAAAUCCUGCAAAUUCCCGAUGAAAAUAUCACAUUAGUAAAUGCGACAUUGUUACCUGAUGACCCAACUGUGACCUGGAAACCGCAAAUAAUCGCCAAACAAAUUUUGAAACAAGUCCACAGUUUGGACAUCGACACAAUCAUCACAUUCGAUCGCGAUGGUGUUAGCCAUCAUGCCAAUCACUGUGCAAUAUUCUACUCCAGCAUAUCGAUUUACGUGGCAAACCUACUGCACGAAGGUUGCCGUUUAUUCACCUUGGACUCGGUGAAUGUGUGCCGAAAAUAUUCGUUUCUAUUUGAUUUAUUGUUAAGCAUUGGUCUGUCAAAUCAUUGGUGCAUAUUGAAUUGGUGGGAUUUUCGUCGUGUACAAAAGGCAAUGCAUGCACAUUACUCGCAAAUGGUGUGGUUUCGUCGGUUGUACAUCAUGUUUUCGCGUUAUAUGGUCAUAAAUACGUUGCGUGAGAUUCAACUAUCCGAUGCGGAGCUGGAGAUGCAAAUCGAUUCUCUGCAAAAGACCAACUGAUCUGAUGAAAGGUGAUGACACCACGAUCAGAACACUCAAGUGAUGACGAACGCCACAACCAAAACCAACACAAACACCAAAAAAAAAAUUCAAUGGAGAAACAAACCAACAAAACAAUGCUUUAUCUCUUUAGCAAUAAUAAUCAACACACAAAAUCAAUGUUAUAAUGUUUAGAUGAAGAACAUUUUGUUCGUAGAUGAAAAUACUUUACUAGACAUUUAAGAGGGCAAUAAUUACUUUAACCGCUACUCCCCCUGGUGAAGCAACAACCAUUAUACGUUUCAAUCUAGUCCAUGGACACAAUCGCUUUUUUUUCUCUCAGAUUUUUUUUUCAAUUUAAUAAUUUUUUUUUUUCGUUUCUUUUUGUGUAUAAGCAUUUUUCAGUUUUUGAAUUGAAGCAAACAUAUUUUUGAUAACGAAACAUGUUAGGAAUUUAAUUAUGGAAUAAAUGUUGAAUGGAUGAAAUCUAUGGAA